GUACUCUGUCCCAUAUAUCUGUGGCAUUUAUACAACCAUGCUGAUAAGGGGGCUGACACUAAAGGUUUCUGCGGUACCUUAUCUUAUCAAAUUCGUUGGCCAUUUCGAGCUGGCCGCUCAAUAACCGCUCGAUGCUCUACCAUUUGACAAACGGCAUCGGAACAGUUGGCCAGUCGCGUUUUGUUGGCCGGCGGAUAGUGCGAAAAAUUAACGGCCAGACUGCAAAAAUAAAAUGACAAAUUCAAGUGGACAAACAGGCCGACGGUUCCUAUGAAAAAAGUGCCAGGUAAACAAUCAACAAAUCAGUAAAUAAACGCGGAAAAAAAUAAUUAAAAGCGGAAACAACGCAACAAAAGUUAAGCCCCUUGGCUGUGAAAGCGCGUUACGAGUAGACGACGAGUAGUUGUGGCCAAAAUGCCGAUGUUACCAACAAUCGAGGAGGAGGGCAAGUUGUCCUGGAUGCGUCUUAUGUGGAAAUACCGCCUUCAGUUCCAGUCCAUGGCCUCUGCUUCAAUUGUGUUUGUCGGAUGUGGCAUGCGCCUGGCCUGGUCAAUUUUCGACACUCCGGCCGGAAAGUUUCUCAACAACAGCAACACCCACAAUCUGAUGAUGAGUUGGUUCAUCGGUGCUGCCCUGGGCGCCAUCCUGGCCGCCCUCUUCGUCCAGCGAGUCACCAAAAAUGUGGCAUAUACUUCCAGUGGCUUCUUGCUCAUCAUGGCUGGGGUUCUGAAUCUGUUCCUGCCUCAGUACUUUCUGGCCGCCUGCUACAGCAGCGUAAGUGUUGGUGCCGCUUAUGGACUGACCCAGACCCAGGCCCUGGUCACGGGGUCGGAGGUGGCCCACAAGUCCAUCCGUGGGAUGCUGCUCAGCUGCGAGCGUGUCUUCCUCUGGCUGGGCGUGUGUGUCCAGGUCUUCUACACCCGAGUGUGGUACAAUCUGAAGCCUUUGGAGACACAGGAAAAUCAUUUGCACAUCGACCAGCUUCACGGGAUGGCGAUGGGUGGCCUGGGACUGGGGGCCGUGAUCCUGGCCCUGGCCCACCGAUUGGAGUCCCCGCUCCUUCUACUACACCAGGAGCGGGAAAUGGCUGUGGGUGAAACUCUGAAGGCCCUGCACGGGCAGUCCAGCACGGAGCUAGUGCGCCUGCGGGAGGAUUGCCGGCAGCUGCACAGUGCCCGGGACUGGGAGCGGUUCGUGGAGGACCCCGAGGAGACAGCAGUGGCAUCCGUCACUUGGCGGAAGUGGGCCAGGCGAGUGAUGCCCUUCUUCAAGGUUCUGCUGCUGCGCUGCUUUGCCACCCUGGCCGUUUCCUUGAGCUACAACCGAGCCUUCCUGGUGGUCAGCUGGCAUGGACUGGAGUGCGACAUGAACUGCCUGUACUGGCUGGCGUUUGCAGGACUCGUGGGCAGCGUCCUCGGAGCCUUCAUAGUCGACUGGCAAGGGCGCAGGAAGCUCUGCUCCUUGUCCCUCUUCCUGGCCGGCAUUGUGAUCGUGAUGGUGGGCGGAGUUUUUGAGCAUCUAGAGUCCGUUAUGAAAACCUACUACGACAUCAAUCUGCAGGCCAUUGCCUUCCUUAUGCUGCUCUUUGAGGUCAUAGUCUCAGGGGGCGUGGCAGUGCCCGCCCUGAUUUACACAGCCGAGGCGUUCAGCAUCGCCCACAAGGCGAGGUGCCUGGCCGGCAUCCUCAUACUGGAGCAGCUGCUGCAGCUGGGCCUUCUCCUGGCCGUCUUCGAGCACUGCGUCACCGUAUCCAUAUUCUUCUUUACGAUCGGUGGUCUCAGCUUUAUAAUCGGAGUAAUGGUGUUUAUAUUUAUGCCCGAAACCAAACAGCUGACACUCUACGAGUGCCUGAUCCAGUUCAAGAAAGUUCCUUGAGUGUACCUUCCAUUAUCUAUAGCUGUGUGUUAUCUAUUUCUAAUUGUGUGAGUGUUAAUUAGUGUCCUUAUCUCUACUUCAUUUAUUUUAUAACAAUUUAAUUGUGCCCUCAUAAAAUUAAUGAGUUCUUAGGCAUUUAUAUAAGAUACAAGAGCAACGUGAAUUUUUAUCCAACAUAGUAAAAUAUAAGUAUACUUAAUAUCU